AUGUCAAGAGAUAUGGUUGUACUUGCUCCAAACGGAAGAAGAGUAAAAGUCCAUUGUACAGCUGAUACCAGUAUUUUACAGGUUUUAGAAGAUGUUUGUGCCAAGCAAGGAUUUCAGCCGGAAGAUUAUGAUUUGAAACAUCACAACAAGGUUCUGGAUUUAACAACCACUAUAAGGUUUUGUAAUUUGCCAAAUAAAGCAAUGCUGGAAAUGGUAGAAGCUGAAAAGAGAAGAGUGGAAUCUAAUGUCACUAUUGCAUUAUUGUUAGAUAAUGGUGAAAGAAGAACAGGAACUUUUCCUCCAAGCACAUCAUUGUAUGAUAUAAUUAUAACUUUGGCACCUACGGAGUUGUCAUCUUUGGAACAUCCUACUAUUAUGUACAUGAGACAGGAAGUAACCGGUGUAUCCACACUGAAAGAUAAGUCAUUAAGACAGCUAGGACUGAUAACAGGCAGAGCAAUAUUGAGAUUAUUGAAUAAAACAGAAUCUGUACAAGCAAAUGUAUCAAGAGUUUAUGGUCGGUCUCAAGUUGAAGAAAGUCUCAACAAAUCAGGCGACAAUACUUCAUCAGUUGAUGCAAAAAAAUCGCUUCAAUGCGAAGAAUCAUCGACCCCAGGUCCUUCUGGUGUUUUUAAGAAAGACAAUAAGACGACUUUUAAUCCCCUCGAAAUUAUUGUUAAAAGUGAAAAAGCUACAGACAACAAAAAUGAAGACCUGGAUAGUGAAGAAAACAAAGCCGUUGAUAUGAAAAUGGAAGUAGACACAUCCGAAGUAGAUAUACCUCAAACGUCUGCCACUAUCACAACUCCAACUCCUGUAACAUGUCAGAUUUCACAAGAGAAAUUGGAACGACGAUUAAAAAUAGAAGAGGAAGUAAUAUUUGUAAUGCGAACCGCCAGCCGAGCGCGAGGUGCUGCUCGACCACCUAAUAGCCCCUCGCAUCCAUCAUCCCCACCAGCAGGCUUGGUGGCGGCAUGGUCUUCGCGGGCCCAGCAAUCGGCACCCGCCACUGGUGGAAUACGCCGCAUGCGUUGGACAAUCUCAAUGAAUAGCAACGCAUUGCGGGCGUAUUAUAGGGCGAUAGGGGGAGAAAUUGGAGGUUUUGCGUAUCGGGCAAGGAUGCAUCGACUUUUUGCUGAGCUGGAGCCAUCUGUAACCGUCACCGAGCAAAACCUGGCAGACCGAGUUCGGUAUAUCUUGCGCUCAAAUAUAUUUGAUGACGCCGAACUCGAACGGCUACGGCGUGAGGCUGUUCCCUCAUCAAAUGAAAAUGCUACGGCUGAGGAUGCGGUGCCGCAAGUUGCAGAACAACCCGCACACGUGGAUACUGCCGUGAAUACCCCAUUGGUGGCUGAUUCAAAUGAUGAUGGAACAUUCGCCCAGGAACUAGAAAUAGAGCAAAUGAGGAGUACAUUGGAAGAGGCGAUUAUGGAAACGCGCAGUACGCCUCCCGAAAAUCGACCGCGACUUUCACAAGCGGAAUCGGGCUGUCGUGAGGGCUCUGAACCCAAUGCUGGUGACCUAUUUGGACGCCAGCCGGGACCUUUGCGAUACGGACUCAAUUCUUUUGGCGCCGCGCUGGCAGUCUUCCGUAUCAUAGGCGCCAAGGUUUCCACUGCUGUAUGCGCUACUGGCCAAAGUAGCGCUAUCCCAGCAUGGAGAAAAAUAAUUGAGGAGCGUAUCGCAAAGGCUAGAGCUCUCAUCGGCAGAUUGAUAUGCUUCAAAUCAGGCAAUAACGGGCCAAGAAUUGUGCGCACCGUCAGGAUGGCAUUUGCUGGGACAAAUGUUAGUUUGUCCCAGCCGGAUAUAAUGCAAAAACUGACGGAGCGCAUAGAUGAUCUGAAGCAGAGAAUCGCUGCUUGGGGAAAACGGAUUCGGCGAUAUACCGAGAGGACUCGGUUCAACCAGAAUCGUCUCUUCCAGAGUGAUCAAAAGAGGUUCUAUGAAUCAUUGGAGCUACCAAUGGCAAGUGGAAAGGGCCCAGCACCGAAUCAGGCCGACACUGUAACAUUCUGGCGCGGCCUGUGGUCAGAGCUCGUAAACCACAGCGAGGGCUCUUGGACGGAAGUUGUGGCGAGUGCCCAAAAAGCGAUAGCUUUUAUGCAACCAGAUGAGAUGGAAGAUGAAUUACAAGACCUCCCCGAUGACUUUUAUGAUCUAACGAUAGAAGAAGUGCGGAAGAUGUACCAUGAACUGCAACAGCGCCGUAUAGAAUUAGAGAAUACGCCUUUAAUGAUUUCUACGCAAAGAAGUGAUAUUGAAAAACAGAUCGCUGAACAGAAACAAAACACCUAUAAAAAUGUUGUGGUUCGAAUACAGUUCCCAGACCAUAUGAUUCUACAGGGUAUUUUCUCUCCAUUGAAAACUAUUGAAGAUGUUAUGAAUUUCAUUAAAGAAUAUCUACAAAACCCUGAUAAACCAUUUGUUAUAUUUACAACACCACUUAAAGAACCCUUAGAUCCAAAAAUGACUUUACUUGAAGCAAAAUUCGUUCCCUGUGUACAUAUGCACUUUAAAUGGGCAGAAGAAAAAAGUGGCGGGCCGUACCUAAAAGAAGAAAUUUAUUUAAAGAAAACUUCAAGUGAUGCUGCAAGUAUUUUAGCCUCAAAGUACCGGGCGCCAACUAGAAGAAUCAUGAACGAAACAUCGAAUCAAUCGGAAAAGCCGACCAGUCAAUCUUCAACCUCGAAGCAGGCCAAGGUUCCCAAAUGGUUUAAAAAAUGA